CGUUUUGCUGGGCGAGGGAAAAAGUCGUAGAAUAAUUUUUAUACCACACGAACGGAGUUCCCUAGCCCAAUAACAAAAAUCAGCAAUCAAUCCUGAGGCACAGGAGUUGGCAGAGAAGGAGAAUAUAUUUAGGAUAACAUCAGCAAGCGUCAACUGUCCCACAAAGCCUCCAGUUGUUAACGGAUUACAGGUUGAGGUGGUGGGUGGUGCUCUUAUCGGCUUGCAAAUUCUCCCAUGCCCUCUGCGAUAAGAGCCAGGCGGAUCUGCCCGUCCAGUUCGACAACAUGGGCUGCAUUACCAGUAGCAGCAAGCUGAACGAGCUGCGUGGUCAUGAGAAUGUGUUUCGAGUGCGAGUGGCCCACCUGCAGCCCACUCCAGGAACGCCCAUCAUCCGGAGCGGCUACCUGGAGCUGACGCCCCGAGAACUGAUCUUUCAGACUCCUGGUUGUGAGCCAAUUGUUUGGGCACUCCAACAUCUUCGGCGCUAUGGCCUAAAUGCCGAUCUCUUUUCCUUCGAGGCCGGACGCAGGUGCAUGUCCGGGCCAGGAAUCUAUACCUUCCGAGUACACAACGCCGAACAGCUAUAUCCGAUGUUCCAGCGCUACAUCAACGCGGUCAAUACGGAUGCUUUUGCGCAGGGCGAACGUGAGAGGGUGAACUCUUCCCAUUCGGUUUCUGUAAACAUGGGCAGGACGGAAGGGAACAACUACCUAGAGCCUGCUCCCUUGAUGAACCGCCAGCUGGGCAACUUCCACAAUGAGCUCUCGAGUGCAAGUGCAUCGCAUCCACUGCAGGCAAACGACUCGCAAGUCGAUGACUCUCCGCCCAAUUUGCAAUCUCCAGUCCUGAUCCCCAGUGCCUACUUGGAUCAACCUCUGCGGGCUUUGCAGGAGUGUUGUCUUGAAGGGCCCGUUACGGAUCUUCUGUCUACCCCACCAUCUGGCAAUAGGUUAAGCACGAGGAGGCGUACUUUGGAUUUACCUCCCCUGGAAUCUGCACCAGCUCCAGUUUUAAGUCCCAACGAUGCAGUGCACAUGUACGCCAAUGUAGAAGCGCUAAUCUUUGAUCUGAGCAAUGAAAGGUGCUAUGAGAACGUGAAUCGCCUAGAGUUGCCACUGCUUCCAAGGGAACCGAUUGCCAGUCAGGAGCCCGCUACUCCUACAAGCUUGGCUGGUAGCAGCGGAGUAAACUAUAUAGUAUUGGAUCUUGAUCAACCGCGCAGUCCCGUGGGUCCAGCUGGCUCUCCCAAAGCGAUCAAUGGAUUUGGCAGUGGCUUAUCUCUAGUAUCGACCCCAGCCCCUGUGACUGCACCAGUAACUCCAGAGACGGGCACUGCGUUGGACGUUCCCCCACCACCCAUUCAAACCCAAAGCCUAAACAGCGUCCUGGCUCCUGAAGCUGGAGAGACCACAAUGAAUAAAGCAACAGAGUGUUCUGGGACGCAAGGGUACUCCACCAUCGAUUUUAUUCGUACCUAUGCGCUGAACAAGUCUUCCUCAGAAAUGGCGGAGCCAGUGACUCAUCGCCAGCAUCCGGCACACGAUGCUGAGGAGUUGAGGAUUACAAGGCACAGCAAGUGCAUACGGAAAGCCUACUCCAUAAGUGAAUAAGAUGGAGGUGAAAGAAUUUCGAUUGGUGGUGCACAACGAAUUUACAGAAAAUGUUAACCAGAAUGCUGACCAUAUAAGCUCUUGAAACCAGAAUGUCUUUAAAAGCGGAAAUCAGAAAAGUAAAGCACUAAAGUAAUGAUCGAUUUAAAUUGCAUAAUGUUGACCACAUAUGCUGAAUGCUGUGAAGUUGAAAAUUUCAGCAUAGAAUUAAACUUAAACCUAUACUGAGCAAAAAGAAGAUUGAAAAGACCGUAUACAAAAGGGAUCAAACUGGAUUUUAUUGAAGGAAUUGUUGAUACAACCGGCGUUUCAAAAAUUUAAAAAUCAUUCAGGCGAAAGACGUUACAAUUUCGUUUGGUUCGGCGCACAAAUUAAAACCAAGCUGGCUCUCCUGAUUUUGAAAAGCACAUUAUAAAAAGGAUGUCAUUAAAGCUAUGUAAGGAAAUUAUUCCGAAGAAAGAAAGAUGAUAGCUCUCUGCAAAACUCAACAAUUUUAGAGAGCUCGAGGAAAACGUGGUGCACAACGAAUUUACUGCAAUCAAGGAAGGGGAAUCGCAAGGAGAUUGUAGUAAUGUGGUAAUUGAAGAGUGAUUUGUCCAAAGAUUUGUUUGCUUCUCCCUGGGCCAAACGUGAAUGCAAACGAUUAACAAUAUAUUAACCAGGUUGUUUUAGUAGUCAGUACAGUAAACUCACACAGCCAAAAACACAUAGACAUGAAUUGCAUACGUACUUAACUUGUAUUUAAGGAUAGUGACCUAGAGUUACUUAGUGAUUAGAUGAUUUGCGUACUUGCCAGCGGCUGUUUAGAGCUAGUCAUUUUUGAUUUUGAGCAUAAAUAUUUAAUAGUGAGCAACACGAAAGGCUUUUAACAUUAAAUUUGUAUAUGGUAGAUAUUUAAGAGUAGAUUUUAAGCACCACAAUAUACAUAGUACAUCACUGACGUACAUGCAUGUACGUUUGUUGUUGGCCAAGGCUUUGAAACUGUAUUUUGUUGCCAGAAAAAGAUUUAAAAAAAAACAAUGAUAGAAAGCAUCGCGUUGCAUUGUCCGCUGUGAGUUUAUAAUUUUAUAUAUAUAUAUCGCUAAAUUGUUAUUCAAUUUGUUAGGAAUUAUAUACACUGAUUGUCGCACGCAGCAUUCAAAAUUGCGUGAUUAAUUGGAGGUUUUGCAAUUACAUAAAUUUACAUACUUACGAUCGCGGCUUAGUCGGCGGCAUAAACUAUAUUAUUGUUAGUGUCUAAGACAAAAUAUGUGCAAUAAAGCUCAAAUGACCUUGUAA